AUGUUUCUUUUAUAUCUUUUUAGCUCUUUCACCGCUGUGAGCGGUGUUCUCGGUUCGUCACCGAGUUACAAUGGCCUUGGCCUCACACCUCAAAUGGGUUGGGACAAUUGGAACACAUUUGCCUGCGACGUCAGUGAGCAAUUGCUUUUGGAUACCGCUGACCGGAUUUCUGAAAUAGGACUAAAGGAUUUGGGUUACACUUAUGUUAUAUUGGAUGACUGCUGGUCUAGUGGCAGAACUGCAAAUGGUACACUCGUUGCAGACAAGGAAAAGUUUCCCAAUGGUAUGAGUCAUGUGGCUGACCACCUGCAUAACAACAAUUUUCUCUUUGGCAUGUACUCAUCUGCUGGUGAGUACACUUGUGCAGGAUACCCUGGAUCUUUAGGACACGAGGAAGAAGAUGCGGAGUUUUUUGCUAGCAAUGGUGUUGAUUACUUAAAGUACGACAACUGUUACAACAAAGGUCAGUUUGGUGCACCAGAAACUUCCUACAAACGUUACAAGGCUAUGUCUGAUGCUUUGAACAAAACAGGCAGACCUAUUUUUUAUUCUUUGUGUAACUGGGGUCAAGAUUUGACGUUUUAUUGGGGGUCUGAUAUAGCAAACUCCUGGAGAAUGAGUGGGGAUAUUUAUCCUCAGUUUACUCGUCCUGACAGUAGGUGUCCUUGCGAUGGUGACCAGUUUGAUUGCGCAUAUGCUGGUUUUCAUUGUUCUAUCAUGAAUAUUCUAAACAAAGCAGCUCCAAUGGGGCAAAAUGCGGGAAUAGGUGGCUGGAACGAUCUGGAUAACUUAGAAGUCGGUGUCGGAAACUUGACAGAUGAUGAAGAGAAAGCGCAUUUCUCUAUGUGGGCAAUGGUUAAGUCUCCACUAGUCAUCGGCGCUGAUGUGAAUCACUUAAAAGCGUCUUCAUAUUCAAUUUACAGUCAAGCUUCCGUAAUAGCAAUCAACCAGGAUCCCAAGGGAGUACCAGCAACAAGAGUUUGGAGACAUCAAGUGCCACAAACUGACAAGUAUGGUCAAGGUGAAAUUCAAUUUUGGAGCGGUCCACUUGAUAACGGGGAUCAAGUUAUUGCUCUCUUAAAUGGGGGAAACAAACCAAGACCAAUGAAUACGAACUUGGAAGAAAUUUUCUUUGACAGCUACUUAGGUUCCGAGCAAUUGUCCUCAAACUGGGAUAUUUAUGACUUAUGGGCUAACAGAGUUGACAAUGCAACAUCGGCUAACAUUCUGAAUAAUAACAGCGUAGGAAAUGCUACUAUUUACAAUGCUACUGCACUAUCAUACAAGGAUGGGUUGGCAAAGAAUGAUACUAGAUUAUUCGGUACCAAAAUCGGCAGUAUUUCUCCAGAUGGCUUGCUUAACACAACUGUUCCAGCACACGGAAUUGCUUUCUAUAGGUUAAGACGCUCUACUUAA